AUGGAUAGUCACUCUCCUAAAAGGAACAAAGAAAGAAAGGAGAACAUCGAUCACCAAAACAUCGAAAAUGGAACCCUUGAGUCUUCCUUCGAGUUCUCCGCAACUGCAGAAAAAAGACUAGUCUGGAAGAUCGACUUGAUGGUACUUCCAAUCAUGCUGUUUGCGUAUAUGAUGGCCUUUCUAGACAAGCAAACCCUGAACUAUGCAGCUCUUAUGGGCAUCCGAGAAGAUCUCCAGCUCGUCGGUUCCGAAUAUAACUGGUCGUCGAGUAUAUUUUACUUCGGCUACUUGUUCUUUUCAUAUCCAGCAUCUUUGCUGAUGGUGAAGUUUCCACUCGGCAAAUAUCUCUCUACGGUUUUCAUUCUAUGGUCGCUGGUUCUAGCAUGUCAUGCCGCUACUACCAAUUUUGCUGGCUUGAUGGUUGUUCGGUUCUUCCUCGGGUGUACUGAAGCCAGUCUGUCCCCUGGUUUUAGUUUGAUCACCUCACUUUGGUAUCGGACAUCUGAGCAACCUCUUCGUCAUGGAAUCUGGUUUUGUGGAAACUCUUUAUCCUUGAUUUUUGGAAACUUGAUCGCUGUUGGGAUCCUUCAAAUUGAAGAUCGUCUCAAGGCGUGGCAGUGGCUUUUUAUUAUAUUUGGAGUUAUCACAUUCCUAUUGGGCAUUCUCAUGCUCUUCAGACUUCCUGAUUCACCAACUACGGCGGGUUUCCUAACCGAAGAAGAGAAACUUAUUGCAGUAGAGCGCCUGAAGGCAAACCAAACAGGGUUCAAAAACUCAAAUAUCGACAAAUCACAGAUCCUGGAGGCAUUUGCAGAUGUCAAAACUUGGUUGCUGGCAGUACUGAUACUGGCAGCUAACAUUCCGAAUGGUGGUUUUACAACUUUCAAUGGAUUGGUUUUGAAAGGAUUCGGGUUCUCAACCUUCCACACCCUUUUGCUAGGUAUACCUGGUGGUGUGAUUGUUUUCAUUUUUGUGCUGCUAUCAGGAGUAAUAUCCUCGAAAGUUGCGAAUACUCGCUGCUUAGUUAUGAUAGGUUGCAACGUGAUAAGUAUCAUCGGUAGUGCCCUUGUGUAUGCCACUGGCUCGGUUGGCUCCCGAUAUGCAGGUUUACUCUUGAUGGGAAUCUACUCUGCGGCUAUGCCUAUCUCAAUGGCGAUGAUCAGCUCCAAUAUCGGAGGCUUUACGAAGAGAGCUACGGUCAGCGCAAUAUAUUUCAUCAUGUACUGUGCGGGUAACAUCGUUGGUCCUCAGCUAUUCUUUGAAAAGGAAGCGCCCAAGUAUGAGAGUGGGUUCCUGGCCAUAAUCGUCUGUUUGGUUGUGUGUGUAUUAGACGGUUUUGGACUCUUGUUCUAUUUGCGUUGGACGAACGCAAAACGCGAGGAAAAUCGGGUAGUAGAUCCGAUGUCGCAGAGCCAAGAGAAACAAGAAGGUGUCACCCAAGCCCUUGUCGAUACCACUGAUCUCAAGAACAAAGAUUUCAGGUAUGUCUAUUAG